AAGGGAUAGGGAAAAGAAUCUACUAUACUAUGUCUUCACUCUUCCCACUUUAUUUUCUCGGAAAAUGGAGCUAACCCUUUUCCUGGAAAGCCACAUUUUCCUGGGAAAAUCCAAGAUCUUAUAACCCAGAAGGAAGUUUGGCUUGUGGAGUGAGAAAAUGGAGGGAGAGACGGGAGAGAAGGGGAGUGUUUGUGGUUCUUCAGAGGGAGAUGUGAUUGGGGAAAUGAUGGAAGUGAUCGAGAAUGUGGGAUCGUACGUGGGGUUCAGGAGAACUCAGAGGAAAGAGAGUUUGAAUCUUGUGAGGAGGUUGAAACUGCUGGUGCCUCUUCUGGAGGAGUUGAGGGAGCUUGGGACUGCAGCAGUUUCAGGGGAGGCUUUGGGGUGUUUGGCUGGACUGAAAAAGGCACUUGUUUCUGCUAAGAAAUUGUUGAAGAGCUGUAACUACGGAAGCAAGAUUUACCUGGCACAUGAGAGUGAGGCAGUGGCGGUUAGAUUUCAUGCUGUCUACGACAAAUUGAAUCAGGCAUUGGAUGAUCUACCCUACAAUGAUCUGGGAAUCUCUGAUGAAGUGAAGGAGCAAGCUGAACUAAUGCGAAUGCAACUCAAGAGAGCAAAAAGACGAACAGAAACACAAGAUAUAGAGUUAGCAAUGGACCUGAUGGUUGUAUUCUCGAAGACGGAUGACAGAAAUGCAGACACUGCGAUAUUAGAAAGACUUGCGAGCAAGUUGGAAUUGCGUACAGUUGCAGACUUGAAGGUAGAAACAGCAGCUGUUAGGAAACUUGUAAAAGAAAGAGCUGGGUUGAGUGCAGAGGCCAGUCAGCAAAUAGUAGAGCUUUUGGGAAAGUUCAAAAAACUGGCUGGGAUGGAGGAAUCCAGUGUGCUUGAUGGUCCAGUUUUGUCGAGAAAUCUACAGAAGUGCCCAUCUUUGGUGAUUCCUCACGAGUUCCUCUGUCCAAUCUCGCUGGAGAUCAUGACAGAUCCUGUUAUUGUUGCAACUGGACAGACUUAUGAACGGGAAAGCAUACAGAAGUGGCUGGAUUCAGAUCAUCAUACCUGCCCAAAGACAGGACAAACUUUAGUCCACUUAUCGCUGGCACCGAACUAUGCCCUUCGCAACCUAAUUCUGCAAUGGUGCGAGAAGAACCAGUUUGAGUUGCCCAGAAAGGAUAUUAAAGCAGGCUCUAAUGGCUCCUCCAUUCAAGUCAAACAGAAAAUCUCUUCUUUGGUCCAAAACCUAUCAUCAUCUCAACCAGAUGUGCAGAGAAAGGCCAUUAUGAAGAUUCGGAUGCUAGCCAAAGAGAACCCAGAUAACAGAAUUCGUAUUGCCAACAGAGGAGGAAUCCCUCCUCUGGUUCAACUCCUGUCCUAUCCAGAUUCCAAGCUUCAAGAACACACUGUAACAGCCCUUUUGAACUUGUCAAUUGAUGAGGCAAACAAAAGACUCAUAGCUAGAGAAGGAGCCAUUCCAGCUAUAAUUGAAAUUCUGCAGAAUGGAACAGAUGAGGCCAGAGAAAACUCUGCUGCAGCCCUCUUCAGCUUGUCAAUGCUCGAUGAGAACAAAGUAAUGAUUGGGUCUUUAAAUGGGAUCCCUCCCUUGGUAAACCUCCUGCAGGAUGGAACAACCAGAGGGAAGAAGGAUGCAGCCACUGCCUUGUUUAACCUGUCACUCAACCAAUCCAAUAAGUCGCGAGCCAUCAAGGCAGGUAUCAUACCAGCAUUACUUCAUCUGCUCGAGGAUAAAAGCCUGGGAAUGAUCGAUGAAGCUCUCUCAAUUUUACUGCUUUUAGUAUCACAUCCUGAAGGGCGGACUGAAAUUGGAAGGUUAUCAUUCAUUGUAACUCUGGUUGAAAUCAUGAAAGAUGGGACCCCGAAGAACAAGGAGUGUGCCACAUCAGUCCUCCUUGAGCUGGGUUUGAACAAUUCAUCUUUCAUUUUGGCUGCACUGCAGUAUGGUGUGUAUGACCAUCUGGUAGAGAUUAUGAGAUGCGGAACCAACAGAGCCCAGAGAAAAGCAAAUUGUCUUCUGCAACAUAUGUACAAAUGUGAACACAUCCCAUGGAACUUCAAUGUAGGAGCCUAGCUACAUCAAUUCAUGUCAGUUAUGCCCUUUCAGAUACGCAUUUGCACCACAAAGAAGUUUUAAGUGUAUAGGAAUGAUGUUAAUCUAACGAAUUUUGGUGACAUGUAGUGUGAUUGUUUACAAGUAAAACAAAUUCUAUGAUGUAUUGAAGAAACAAACUAUCGCCAUACUAUAGUAUCUACAGUCAUUUUUCUACAA